CUGCCUGGCGGUAAGGAAUUAUUUUUAGUUGCCGCAUCACUGUAACGUUGUGUGUCCUCACAAGACAACGGCUCCUUUUUUUACCAUUUGUAGCUAGCGGUUUGUCCACACAAGGUGGCGUACGGUGAUCUUAUUGCUUACAUGAGAAGUACCGAUCGAGAAAGUUGAAGGACUCAACGGUUUCGAACUAUUUGGAUUCGUGUGUUAUCAACAGUUGCUAAACUGGCUCAGCAGAAUAUUGUGCAAACUGACCAAUCUGGAAUACGGAAUGGUAGGAGUCGUGCAAUAGCUCAUGGAAUGACGGAUGUGAAGAAGUUGAUCGAGCACACCUCAUCCAAUCAUUUCAGUGAAAACGUGACGACGAGCAGUGAGUCGAGAUUUCCGUGGCAUAACGUUAGUUUUAUGUAAGGAGUGCUAUUUUUUUUGUUAAUCAGAGCAGGCCACGACCUACAGAUCCAACGUUCGGCCAUCAUUUUUAGUACCUAGUAUUAUUACUACUACUACUACUCCUGCAUCUCCAGAUAACGGUACGUGUUGUAUUGGUUUGUGACAAUCUCAGUUGGCGCUUGCUGUGUUCGGCUUGUUACAAUUUUUUUUUGUUUUGUUUUGAUUUAGUUGUUUGAAGGACUAGCAUCCGUUUGUGGCGUAGUGGAAAUUUCCUGUGACAAAUUACCCCUGAUAGUAGGUACAUCAUAUUCACUAAUCCGCAUAGUGUCUAGGAUUCGAUCAGGAGUGGUUCUAAUACACACGAUAAUCAGUCGAGUCCGAUUCCGGCAAACUGUCGUAGAAAGGAGAGUGCGAGUUGAACAACCCGCGUCACGGUCAUCAAGUAUAGGUUGGUUUGGUCAACGUCAGUGUCGCGGAGUGUUAUUGUUUUGCUACGACAGCUACGCGCUCAAAGUGCAAGUGCAGUCCGAGAAGUGCACCACGCGUGCCGUUCUGGAGAAUUACAAGUUCGCUAUUUUUCUAUCAGUUGAAGUACUACCGCUACAAGUGUUUCGAUUUUCCUAUUGAUACAGUGAAUGUAGUCGAAAAAGUGUUGGGAAAUCUUUUAUUCAAAUCGUCUCUCUCUGGAUGGUGAACGGAGUUACAAAAAUCGCUUCAUAACAACCGACUGUGCCUAGCAUUUGUUGUCAGGAUUCGGAAAUCCAAUAAGAAUCAUCAAUCGAAGAAACUACGUUUUGUUCCGUGCACUUUCCAUUAAUUCAGUGCAUUUUCCUUGGAAACUGGUUCACGGCAAAAAAUCGAUAAAUCCCCACCAGUGGCAUCAGUUUAGGUGGAGAGCAAUUGUGUAACAAGUGCAGUAACAAACAGCUGACAAACGCAGUUCUGUGGAGAGGCGGUUGGUGAUGGCUCCCAUCGCGACUACUAACGAUCCCAAGACGGCCCAGGUUGCGGCCGAUCUCCUGAAUCGAUGCCCGGAUGCUAGUUACUACAGCAGUCAUAAAACUGGCCUUAAUGAUGGUACGUACACGGGUUUUCUAAAGGAAUGUAUGUGCUCUGGAUCACGGAAUGCACCUACGGCGGCUACCAUACCGGAUCCCGGCUUGGACCCAUGCCCUCUGCGGGCUCCUCUGGUGGUGACCAUCGUGGGCCUGCCCUGCAGAGGAAAAUCUCUGGCAGCACACAAAGUGUCUCGACAUCUCAACUGGCGUGGCGAACGCGCCAAAGUUUUCAAUGUAGAUAUAAAUGCCACCGCCGACACUCUCAAAGAAAUAUCCCUUUUCUUCAACGCCGGCAAUAAUGUAGCGAUCAUCGAUGGCAUGCAUCUGACUCGACAAUCUCGCCAGCUCUUGGCCACCUUCUGCUGUGAAAAAGUAUUCCACCAUCUGCUGAUCGAGUUCAGCUGCAACGAGAAAAGUGUGCAGGAGAACAUUGAGGAUACUGUGCGGUUCUAUCACAAGUUGGACCAGAACACCGACUGGGAGCGACGGAUGCGGGAAAGAAAUGAACAGUUCGCACCCCAGUUCGAGCCGUGUUCGGCACUGGAAGGUCCACUGAUCACGGUAAACAAUUCGGAGGAUAUCAAAUGUCACUCGGUAACGGCACAAGGCGUACGCGGAGCGAUUCCCACGGCAAUUCUUGGUUCGCUGGCUAGUCCUGUCAUACGGCAUAGAACCUUCUAUUUCAGUCGGCACGGUGAGUCCGAGUAUAACGUGCUGGGCAAAAUUGGUGGUGAUGCCGAUCUGUCACCUCGCGGUAUGAAAUAUGCUGAGAGAUUGGCCAAACAAUUGGGAGGACCAGGUUCGGCUCCCGAUUGCCCAAAACCUAAACUUAUUUGGACUUCCGAGCUGCGUCGCACUAUCCGAACGGUGCAAAAUAUACCCGGUCCGCGAGCUGCCCUCAAAGAUCUGAACGAAAUCGAUGCCGGUAUAUGCGAAGGGUUGACGUACGAGGAAAUUCAGGAACGCUUCCCGCAGGAAUUCGCUUGGCGCGAUCAGGAUAAAUUCAAGUACCGCUAUCCGCACGGUGAGUCCUACCUGGAUCUGUUGCAACGUGUUGACAACGUGGUGCAGGCGCUGCUAGCCAACACGGAUGUUCUGGUCGUGUCGCACCAGGCCGUACUGCGCUGUGUGAUGGCAUACUUCAAGGGAACGAAACCGGAUGACGUUCCAUACAUUAAUGUACCACUGCAUACACUGCUUAUCGUGCGUUCCUACGGAUAUGACUUCGAGGUCGAAACGGUUCCGUUGAAAGUGGAAUGUGUUGACACGUAUCGCAUACAGCCGAAGAACUGCUCGACCACCCGAACAACGGCGGAUGCUUUGACCACGGUUCCGGCACAUUUCGAUGCCCCACUGACACAGCAAGUGUCCACCACGAUCAGCUAAAGGGAAAGCACAGUAAUGAAGCGGGACAACAACAACAAAAAAAAACGGAAAUGAGAGCAGCCGCUAAAUAAAUCUCCGGUUCUUCCAAAAUAUUCGUACAAAUGAUAAGUUGGUCCGAAAAUGGUAAUAUUUAAUGACAGCAGUUAACUUUCAACAAAUAUUUGCCAUACAUGUGAAAGAUGAUUUUCCUUUUUGGAUCGAAGUUUAGAAAAGAGUCAAUUUCAGAUCACAGAACAGUUUUUUUUUCUCACUUUUUUAUGCUUAUUUUGGAUUUAUUGUCAUCUGAAACGCAAUGCAAACUAAGUAAGUACGUAUGAGCCAAAACAAAAAAAAAAUCAGAAAAUUAUAAUUUAAGAUGCGCACUAAUGGUACAGUGAUUGAGUUGAGCAAUGAAUAGGAAAAAAAAACAGAAGAAAUGAGUCGUAAUCAAGUGAAAUGAUGCAUUUUAAUAUACAUACACAAACAAACACCCAAACAUAUUAAUCAUAGUUAACCAGCUGAUCUAUUUAAUUGUAGUUGACGAUCAUACUUUCUUACUUCAAACGCUGUAAGCUAGAAUACACAGACACUAAAGAGAAUCUGUAGAAUAGCACACGUUAGGUUUGUAUAUUUUUAGUGAUAAUGUUGGUUUUCUAUUGGCAGAAUGAUGAACGUAAAAUUAUGAAAAGUUUAUCAAAUAAAAGAAACAAAGUCAUGUAAUAGACUGUAGUUGAA